AUGGAAAAAGCUUAUUUUGAUGCAAUCACAUCUGAAGGCAAGUACAAAACAAGUAUUGAGGCACUGAAUAACCUGCUUCCCGCAUACAAAGACACACAGUUCGCCUAUGAUUCAGAUACCCCUGAGGCAUCACGCCAAGAAAUAUGCAAUUUCCUUCAAGGACCUGACUCAGAGCAGCCGAAUACAAGCAAACAUUACCUGGUUCACAAGUACGGUACAUCCCUCGGAGAGGCUUGGGCUGCUUUGGCAGCUGUCACGGCCUAUAAGCAGCAUCUGGGUACUGGAGGCAAUGCUGCUUCAAGUGGAAGUGACCAAGGCACUUCUCGACCUAAGAGGGUUCGAAGAAGCACAGUACAUGCGAACUAUGGUCCUUUCGGCGAACAAAUAUUCGGAUCUAGCCCCGCGAACAAGACCUCCUCCCCCGACAACCCUCCCAGCAGUCUCGAGCAACGUGCUGCUAAUCUGACGCGUCCUGAAUCACAUAGCCUUCUUCACACAGCCCUUCUUGUCGAAACCCUAGUCGACUUCCGAGACAAACGACAGCGUAUGAGCCUUGAGACUACCGGCCUGAAUGGCCAGAUCAUUGCCAUUGACGAUGGCGGAUUGACUCUCAAGCCAGAUGAGGACAACGGUGCUUUUCCCGACCCAGAUGUUACGGUGGCUCUUGUCGAGGCGAAGAGGUGCCUCAAGGUUGAUGGUGGUAGCCCUAUGAUAUCAGACGAGUGCCUCGCCCAGAUGGUCUACGCGGCAGUUAUGGCCAGAGACAGAGAUCGUACGGUACAACCUGUCAACGCAAGCAUCACUAUAACCAACACCACGCAGCAUUACAUCUGCUUUUUCCAGUUCGAUAUGAAGGAUGACUAUUUGGAUGACCUGAAGGAGGGGGAUGUACCGACACAGCAACUGACGGCCACGGUGACCGAGUGGUUCGACCUAAGCCAGAAAAAAAGGAGAACUGCCGUGCUCAAGAACGUCUAUAGCUUGAUAGAUCUGGCCAAGGAGAAGCCAGUAUUCGACUUUGGUGAAGACCGAGUGCGGCCGAGGAUAUUCAUUGUUUGCGUUAUCUCUGGAAUCACGGCGGGAGCAGUGCAUACAGUACAGCCCAUUGGAUACCUGUUCAGCUUCACUCUGGAUAUGGUAUUCUCUAGACCGUUCUCAAGGCAUACUAAGCAUCAGAAGACAAAGACCUGA